AUGCUGGUUUCCUUCGGGAACACAUACUGCCGCGUGAUCGUCGGUAGAUUCGCCAACCUGCAUACCCUGAAUUGGUUUCCGGUGGAUGCAGAUGUGGCAACCUGCCUUAUGAAAGGACAGAACGAAUUUGAAUGUCAAAAUUUCAUCCGUGCCUAUGGCCAAAACGCCAAUGGUAGCUUCCUGCUCUGUGGAACGAACGCUUUCCAACCCAAAUGUCGGGUUUACGAACUUCAGCGGGACGAAUACAUUGUACAUAAUGAAUUUCUGGGCAGCGGCAUCGUUCCGUACGAUCCGUCGUUCAACGCUACUUUUCUGUACAUGACGAACGGCGAAGAGAUGUACACAGGCACGACGGCGGACUUCGCCGGCACCGAUGCGUUGAUAUACAAGCAGACGACGAGUGAGGCGGACAAAUUGGGCUUAAGAACGAAACGGAACGAUAUCAAGUGCCUCAGUGGUGAGCGCAGUACUGAGUCAGCCUCUUCUGGUGACUACAUCACUCUUUCAGAACCUAACUUCGUAGCGUCGUUUGCCGACAAAGACCACGUAUACUUUUGGUUCAGCGAAGGAGCGGUCGAGUACAUGAGCUGCGGGAAAGCAGUGAUCUCCCGAGUGGCCAGGGUGUGCAAGAACGACCGCGGCGGUGCCAGCCACGGUUCCGCCUAUUCUUGGACCUCGUUCCUCAAGGCGCGUCUCAACUGCUCCAUUCCCGGCGAAUUCCCGUACUACUUCGAUAAAAUCGUGGCCACAUCGAAGUCACCGUACAGCGAAAGCCGCGACGACGAACUGGUGUACGCGCUGUUCAACAGUCCAUACAACCGUAUUCCCGGAUCAGCCGUUUGCGCUUUUCAGAUGAGCAAGAUUCGUGACAUCUUUGCGAACAGCGGUUUCAAAGCCCAGGAUUCGCCGUACUCAAGUUGGCAGACGCUCAUGGAUUCAGAAAUACCAAAGCCGCGACCAGGCUCCUGCGUCGAAGAUUCUCAUGCAUUGCAUGAUGACGUAGUGAAUUUUAUUACAAAAAAUCCGUUGAUGAACGACGUGGUACCGAACGCAUUUGACACGCCUCUUCUUGUAAAAAUGGGCUCUCGGAGCGUCUUCACCCAAGUGGUCGUCGAUUCUCAAGUGCAGUCGCUCGACGGACAAGCUUUCGACGUUGUUUUCAUUGGAACAGAGAGUGGGGAAGUCUUAAAGCUGGUAAACGUCGGCCAAGGAAUGAUGGCUGACCCAAUAGUUAUUGAAAAAGUGCAGGUCUUUGCUGACCACUCGCCCAUCACCCGGCUUUUCGUAUAUCGGCCUCCACAGAAAACCUUGGCUGCUGGCGAUCCACCUGAACGUUCUGAACCAAAGCUAGUCGUCAUGAGUUCGAACGAGGUCAGAGUGCUGCCGUUGUACUAUUGUGAUUUGGCCAGAAGCUGUACGGAGUGCAUCGCGGCCAGGGAUCCGUACUGCGUGUGGGAUUUGACAAUGAAACAGUGCGUUGGUCAGUAUUCGGGCUCAGAAAGGAAGAACGAACUUUUGCAGCAUAUUCGCAAAGAUUUUUACGGCAGGAGGUGCCCACCGGAACCAGAAAAUCAAGAAGCGGUAAACGAAAAUAGCGGCGAUACAAAAUCAUACAAUUUGGAUCAGUCAGGCCGUUUCAAAGACUUCGUCUAUGAAGACCGGAAGUGCAACUGCGCUGAUUUAGGAUACGUCAAUUCUGAUAGUUACUCUCAAGGUAAGAACGGUUCUGAAUACUGUUUUUCGUUAAGCACGUUUUUUAUAAAUAUUUUCUGACG